UCUGUUUGAGGCGCUAGUGUCGAAUUCAUUUUAGUUGCUAUUGUAUGUAGUGUAGUGUAAUCAAUCAAUGUAAUGAAGAGGUUAUAGUGAACAAAAUAUUUUAAACGUUAUUGUGAUUAAUUUCUAGUGUAUAAGUAAAACUAUUUAAAAUGGAGUCAAGAAAAGAAUCUUUGAGUGGUUUAAAAAUUUGUCGUUUUUGUUUAACUCACGACGAUACGUUAGUAAGUUUGUACAAGAAGAGUCGGAUACCAAAAAAUGCUAUUUCUCUCCCGCUAAAAAUCUUGUCUUGUGUUUCAAUCGAGGUGUACCCUUCAGAUAAAAUGCCCUCAUUCAUUUGUGGACGUUGCAAAUUUUUCAUGGACCUGAGCUAUGAAUUUAAGAGAAUUUGUCGACAAGCUGAUGAAAACAUCUUACAGUAUGUUCAGACUGGUACAUCAUUGGAGUCUGUGUCUUGGCCAAAUGGUCUAAAUAAGAUUUAUCGAGAAUUUAAUGGGAUUAAGCCAUCUGAAGUGUCAGUUGUGAAAACUGUAAUAGAGGGUGGUGCCACAGUUCAAGUCACAACGCAUGAUGAAUCGGAUACUGAUGCAGAAGAUGAUGAAAAUGUAUAUAACAUAAAGGUUGGCGAUGGAUCAGAUGAAGGUUCAAAAAAUACUUGCAUCAAAGUGAUAACUAGCUCUGAUAAAGAAGAGACACCAAAGGCAAAGCCCAAAAGGACUCCAAAAGAGGAGGGGUGUUGGCCGUGCCCGGACUGCGACUGCACCUACCCGCUGCAACAAUUGCUGGAGUUACACAAGACCAGGAAACACAGGGAGAGGACGGAGGAGUGCGACCAGUGUGGCGCUAAGUUCUAUAAUAAAUACGACAUGAAUGUCCAUCAGUUGCGACACGCAAACGAAUUGACGUUCAUAUGCACUGCGUGCGGCAAAAAAUUCAAGCGACUCAUACUCCUAAAGAGGCACGAAAAGUUGAUGCAUUCGGACAUGCCACAACAAAGGUGCCCGCGCUGCCCGGCCUCGUUCUUAUCGCUGAGUGAUUUAGAAGCACACAAACGUAAACAUAUACGCGUCCACAGCAGGACUUACGAGUGUAUCCUAUGCGAAAGGAAAUUCCCAGGGAAGGCUAGUCUUCAACGACACAAGGAAAUUAUCCAUGAUCUCAAACCCGCACAUCGUUGUGACUAUUGCCCUCAGCGUUUUACGACGAUUCCCAAACUGGCGCGGCACGUGCGCACGCACGCCGCCCCGCGCUCCUACCCGUGCAAAUACUGCAACAAAACAUUUGUCAAGUCGCACCAUUAUACCAGACACUUGCGCAUGAAGCACCGCGAGACGCUGCGCAGCCGCCGCGGGCCGUUCGGCGAGGUGGAGCAGUUCCGCUGCGACCAGUGCGACGACAGCUUCGGCACGCAGGACGAACUCAUCUACCACUCCGCCAUACACGCCACGCAGAACCUCAUCUGCCCGCUCUGCCAGGAGAAGUUCGAUGACGUGGAGGCUGUCACUAUGCAUAUUAAAUCGCAUGCCAACGGAUCGGAGUUUAUGUGUGACUAUUGCGAGCUGAUAUUCACAACUAAGGAGAAACUCGAUAAACACAUGGCCGUCGCACACGAUGAAGAAGUACGCGAGGAAAUAGGUCAAGACGAGUCCUCCAUGGAAAUGGAAGAAGAGGAAGACGACGACGACAACGCGAUUAAUGUCAAAGAAGAAAAUGGCGAGAUGGUGGUAGAAAUUAAUAAAGCUGACGAUUUUAUGCUUCCAAAUUACCAAGGAGAGUCAGAAGAAAAAAUGGAGGACAACACCAUGUCGGAAGACAGUGAAGUGGAGACAUCAUAUACGGAGCUUGCGACUGUUGAUCCAUUGGCGACGACUGCUAAAGAGCUCAAAGUGCAGGAGGAGAAGUCCGUCGCGAAAGCCGCCAACGAGCCGGCGGUCAUCACCAAAACCGGUGACAAAACUGACAACCAGACUGCUAGUAUACUGCGUAAGGUUGAAGAAAUGAAACGUAAAGUAACACAGCAGAAUCCAUCAGAACCUGUUCCAGAAAGAAAGGAAAAAGUGAACAACAAAGCGGAAAAUGCAAACUCCACGGGAUCUAACGACAAAUCGCUGCGUUUGUUAGAGAAGGAAUUACAAGAACUCAAAAGAACUAACACACGCCCUGAGACUGUGAAGGUUGUCACCGCUAAAAGUACAGAAACAGUCAGAAGCAGAAGGCCACAGAUUCACACGUCAACACCUAAAGUGAGAAAUGCAGAUGAGAAGAAAUCUCAAACAAUGAUAAAGGCAUCUACAUUGGAAAAGAAGGUACCGGAACGACGGCUCAUAACCAAAGAGAACAAAGAACCUAAAGAGGGGAAAGACAACAAGAAUAGUAGCAGUAAAGAUGAUAAAGACAAGGAGGCUAAAGAAAAAGAAAGAGUGAGUAUAGUAAAAAAUGGCACCACCGACAAGGCGAUCCCCGCUGAGGAAGGAGUGCGACGCUCGACGCGACCCUCCAAGAUCAAAGAUUACGCAAAAAUGAUACGGGAGAGUUCGCAGGCUUCCGAUGGCUCGGAUGAGGAUUCUGAUGAAGUGGAUGAUGAUGACGAGGAAUUUAAAGAAACUGAGAGAGUCCCCGAGGUGAGGCCGAAGCUGCGCAGGAGCAGUGCCAAGCAGAGCCCAGCAGCGAAGACUACCACCCCAGCCCCCACUAGCACUGCCGCCACCGCGCCGUCCCGCGAGUCGCCCGCUGCCGCCGCUACGCCCGCUCCCCGCAAACGCGGCCGCCCAAGGAAGUUCCCGCCCACAGUUCCUACUAAAGUUAAAAAAGAAGACACCGAAGGAAAUGAACAAUCCAUACAAGAAAAACCUGAAGAGGAAAGUGUUAACGAAAGUAAGGAAACAACACCCACUCCAGAAAAAGUUAACCAAGUAAAGAAAACAUCGCCAGAACGACCAGUUGAAAUUAAAACAUCGCCCACGCCAAACAUUUUAGUAUCGCCGACAGGACAAACAUUGAAAAAGGUGCCGGUGAAGUUUCUCCCGCCAGGUGUGAAGCCACUACCGCUACCCGUGAACGCAAGACCAGUCGGAAGUGCAGAAGUAUGCGAGAUGCAAAUCGGAAAGAAGAUGGUCAAAGUACAGAAGAUUGUCAUGACAAAGGCGGAAGUAGAGGCUAUGGCCAAAAAAGGUCUUGUUGAAAUGAAGGAUGGCACCAUGGUACUGAAACAAGGCAUUAAACUACCACAACAAGACCCGCUGGCAUUGAAAUCUACAUUCGUGGAAGGAGAACCAAGUAAAGAAUCUCCCAGCAAGAAAGACAAAGCAACUCCAACACGUUGCGACUUUGGCGACGAUAUAUAACGUUAUACUAUUAUAGGUCUGCAAGAUUCCGCUAUUGUUUUUUUUAUUAUUUUAAUGACAUGUUAGUCUCACAUACAUAAAUGAUAAACUUAGUGUUAUUAGCAAUUUAUUUUGUUACAAUUCGUAACUAGAUGUUUUGGCAAUGAAGUAUCAUUGAUAUGAUAUUGUGGUGUAAAAACUCAUACUUGUUCAUAUAUUAUUUUCCCUAUUAUGUAAAUUGUCAUAUUCUCAUAUACCUGCACGUUUACCUUUUGGAUAUGUAUUAGAAAAACUUUUAUUAUUCUAUAAGAAACUCUUUUAAGUAAUAGAAUAUAAGAAAUAAUGUUUUAAAUUAGCCUUUAAUAAAUAUAGGUAAUUAUUAAAGAGACUUCGUUUUUA